AUGGUCACCAAAGUGCCUCGUGCAAGGGUCCUGAACGCAGUAAGUUUUGCUAUUCCUGCGGUGGCACGGGGCACAAGAUCAAAGAGUGCAAGCACCUGGCAGGAUCAAGGGUCUGCAAAGUUUUCCAGGAGGCCCUUGCAACAGCAAAGAAGUAGAAAAAAGGAUGUGACCCAGCUCUGCUCUGAGAAAAAAGCUGAUAUUGUUCUAAUCAGCGUACAGUACCAGGAAAGAGCAGGAGUAGGAUGGUACGCAGACGAAUUGGGCACCGCGGACAUCUGGAUCCCAGAUUCCCGACCAAUACAUAUGUCGGACCAAGGAUUCGGAAGCGUUUACGUUUGGGUGAGACAUAAAUCGACGACUUAUGUCAGUGUAUAUCUCACUCCGAAAGACCGGAAAGACGACUUCCAGAUCAAGCUGGACGAUCUGGAAGACGCGCUGCGGGAAAUGCAAGGGGAUUUCAUUGUGGCAGGAGACCUCAAUGCCGAAGCUCUCGAAUGGAGGAUGGCCAGGCCGGACUCCAUAGAGAAAAGAUUCACGGAAGUGGCGUCGAGACUGGAACUAUCAGUACUCAACACAGGAUCGACGUCAACCUUCCGUAGGCCUGGAUAUAGAGAGACGAUCACGGAUGUCUCUCUAGCCAACGAAUACCUUGUAGCAAGAGUCGCAGGCUGGCAGGUGAUCGAGGAUUAUAUCGGGGGCGAACAUCAGUACAUCCUAUUCGAUGUACAUGAUAGAAGGCCAGCUGUGACAAGUGUAAAGCGACUCCCCCGGAGGAACAUUGCAAGAAUGGAUCGGGGGAGGCUGUCUUCGGUCAUAGAGGAAGGAUGGAGAUCCCAACAAACUACUUCCGCGAGUCUAUCGCCACUCGCACAAGCCAGGUUGAUUAGCGCAGCAACCAUGCAGCACAUCCAACAGGCUUGCGCGAUAGAGGUUCCAAAGAAUGGCACGAAACGGCAGAGGCGCCCUGUGUACUUGUGGACGAACGAUAUCGCGGAUCUUCUCUACCAAGCGGCCAAGAAAGCCCUGAAGAGGACCAUCAAGGCCAGUCAACGACGGUGCUGGAAGGAGCUGUGCCUGGAUGACGACAAGAAUCCGUGGGGAUUAGGAUUCCUCAUCGUCACUCGCAAGCUGGGGACUAACACGAAAGGGACCCCUAAGGACGCGAGGUCGUUGGAUCACAUCGUGCAUACUCUAUUCCCCUCACAGCCGAAGAGAGAGAUCAGCUUGUUUGCUCCCGGCAUAAUCGAGGUACCGCAAUUCACGGAAGAAGAGCUACUCAGGACCGCAUCUUCUAAGCGGAACAAGAAAGCUGCAGGUCCAGAUGGACUUCCAGCAGAAAUAAUCAAAGUCGUCGCGCAAAGUAACCCUAAGCUCUUGCUGAACAUGUAUAACACGUUCCUCAGUGGGGCAUCUUCACCGCUCCAUAGAAGAAGCCGAGGCUUGGGCUCAUUAGCAAGGGCAAGGGUCCAGUAG